GCCAUGAAGGUGAAAGGUCAGAUUUGCUGCUGGCUGGGUGGAUGUGUUGAUGAUGAAUGAGAUUUUUGUACAGCCAAGGCCAAGAGGUUGUGCAGAACAGAAGAUGUUUACAGCUAUGUGAGAAGCCCCGAUACAAAAAUCUGACUGUGUGAUCCAGAUCAUAGGUUGCAGAAAGUCUGUGGCGCCCCCCGUCUCUGUUGAGGGACUCUGCUGAUCUUGAUCUUGAUAGACAAGACAUCACAUCAGUACCUUCACAAGCCAAAAUGAUCUGGGCAACUUUGAAAAGUGCUCAUUGUUUCACUAAUGAUAGCUGUCUUUUCGCAACAUGACGACACGCGUUCACGUAAAGACGUAAAACAAAGCCAUUAUCACCAUGAGAACGAUGGAACUGUCCAUGCGACUGUUUGUGUUCCUGUUGGGAGCCGGGGUCAUCACGAUCAACAUCUUCUACAGACAUCUCAGCUACAAGAUCCAUAAAACAGAAGGCCCCAGUCUACAGGAAUAUUACAGAUCGCUUAAUUAUACAGAUGAAGUGUUUUUGAAAAGGAUAGGAAUAAGACCACCUGGACCAAAAUUCUCUCACCCUAUUAAGUAUCCAGAAGGAGACUCCUGUAUUCCAGGGUAUGCCAAGAGUUUGGUCACUGAGAUCAACCCAAAGUUUAACACCAACUUACCACUGUUUGUCAAGAAAGGCUUCAGGGAGUGGAGGGGACUGAUGGACGAUGGACACGACAAACUUCCAUUUUAUUUAUCAGACCAGGACUGUAAGAUGGUAGACCAGCUUCUGGAUUUGCUGCCUAGUUCUGAUCACCCAGUUUUGUCAGGAGGAGGCAAGUGUCGCAGAUGUAUUGUUGUCGGCAGCUCUGGACUGGUCAGUGGCCAGAAUCUUGGGUCAACGAUAGACAAGUAUGACGUGGUCAUGAGAAUGAAUGCCGCUCCUGUCCGUGGUUAUGAGAAGGACAUAGGAUCCAAGACGACCUUUCGGUUCAUCUACCCUGAGAGUGCGACAUUGAAAGACGUGGACUCUGAUGCAGAUUACGUGCUCGUGCCAUACAAGACUGACGACCUGGCCUGGCUGCUAGCAGUAAUUCAAAAGGAGAAGCCUGAAGGAACGUUCUGGAAGGAGAUAGGGGAUACCUUGAAUGUUGAACCAAGUCGCAUCCGCGUCUUAAACCCCCAAGUUGCCCGCAGUACAUCAUACGAACAUGUUGGAAUGAUGAAUGUCCCAACCAUCGGCACCAUCGCUGUCGUAGCAGCUUUCCACUUCUGUGACAUGGUAGACAUCGUAGGGUUCGGCCUGCGACACGAUAAACCCUACCACUACUUCGAGAACAAGACAAUAGAAGGGGAAUUUGAGGGGUUGUUUGCCUACUUCACUGUGAUCCAUGACUUUGCAAAAGAGAAAGAGUUCAUCAAGGACUUAGUUAGAAGAGCAGCCAUCAACGACUUAACCCAUGGUUACGAAUACGAGUAGGGGUGGGUAACUGUAUAGAAAAUUCAGGUCCAACUUCGGAUCAGGUUCAGAGGAUCAGGUCCAGUUCUGGACCUAAACCUGGACCUGAUUAUUGUACAGUAGUACAAUAUCAUAUUUUUGAGCGCGAAACACGAGUACAGGCGACUCACUAGUGUGUUACAUAUUAUGUUCAAGUUAUACAUUGUAUAUUGAAGCUGAACACAGUUACAGAAAAAUAGACAAACAUGGAUUUAGGCCAAUCUAGUUUGAUUCAGCGUUAUUUUCUUUACUUGCCAUGUCCAGAUUAUCUUAAGACAAUGUACUACAAAAAUGUACAUCAGGUCCGAUGAUGCAAUUAUCGCGUUUCGUUUCUAUUCGACUCGGUUCCCGAAUGAAGUUCCGGUUUAAACCGGUCCGGCUGAACCAGUACCCACCCCAACUUACAAGUACUAGCUACCUCCUUGUAACAAACCAGCUAGACAAUAACAUCUGUACUAAAAUUGACUGUAGAUUGAAUUACUAUAAAUGCCCAAUGUCAACCACAAAAAAGUGGUCGCUAGUCGGGUAAGACGGUUGGCAGAGGAUUUUAAGUUUUAACUACGUAAAAUUUGAUUCAAUUACGUAAAAUUGGACUGGACACUGAGUAACAGUGAGUGUUUUAAUGUGGUCUAUGACAAGACGCCACUGUCAGAUCAUUGACCACUCGUUGUAUAGCAAGAAAAUAAGUAGUGCCAUUUUAAUGCUGUAACAAGUAUCCCUGUAUAUUUUGAUUGAUCAGGCAGCUGUUGCAGGAAGCAUAUAUUGCUGGAAAGAAUUUGAUACUUCUAGAUUUUACUUCUCAGAAGAAAUAUAUAGUGUGAACUGGCCAACAGAUAGGAAUGUGCCAUACAAACGUGAUUUAAUGGAUGAAAUUCUCACAAGAUCCAAACUGGAUCUACUUUUAUCAGUAUUUUAAAGUUUCAAUUCUAUUUGAUUGUGGAUGGAGAGAAAGAUAGCAAACAAAGUUUUAAAUAGAAGUACAUGUAUGUUGUGUUCUUCUAUCAGGGUUUUAUUAGAGAAUCAACAUUUUUCAUUGAUGCGUAUGGUAGCUUUUUUAUUCUUGCUUUGGGGAAUGUUUGAAUUACACGUUACAUGAUGUUAAAUAACAUAAUGUUGUGAUUUUACAGUAAUGUUACCAUUGAAUGUUACCAUUAGUUGUUGAUCACAAAAGGUGUGGACUAUUGCUUAGAUUCACAAGAGAGGUUUAGAGA